AUGGCGCCGCCACGGCAAGGGGAGGAGCAGGGGGUCGGCGCCGGCGCUGGCGAUUCGGCGCCGGCGCUGCAGGCCCCGGCGCACGUGAUGGCGCGGGUGUUCUCACAGCUCGACUGCGUCGACCUCCUCAGCUGCUCCCUCGUCUGCAAGUGA